UACCUUUCCCGGAAAAAAAAGGUAUUCGAUUCUGUCCGAGGAAACCUUACGCGAUCCUUCCUUAAUAGCGCUAUUCAGCUUGAGCAGCUCGAUGCUAUAAUAGCAGAAGCUGGGUCCAUCUUCUUCUUCAUCAUCAGAUUCAUCGACAGAUCAGACGCGAGAGAAAGAGACAAUGGCCAAGGAAACCAGCGUCGUCUCCGACUUCGUCGCCUUCCUCAACGCUUCCCCCACUGCUUUUCACGCUGUUGAUGAGUCGAAGAGGCUGCUGCGGGACGCGGGUUAUGAACAGGUUUCGGAAAGAGAAGAUUGGAACUUGGAAGCGGGAAAGAAGUACUUCUUCACCCGAAAUCACUCUACCAUUGUGGCUUUCGCCGUUGGUAAAAAAUAUGUUGCUGGGAAUGGAUUUCAUAUAGUCGGCGCUCACACCGACAGUCCUUGUUUGAAACUAAAGCCUGUCACCAAGGUGAGCAAAGGUGGUUAUCUGCAAGUAGGCGUGCAAACUUACGGAGGUGGGCUGUGGCACACGUGGUUUGAUCGGGACUUGACUAUUGCGGGACGUGUCAUGAUACGAGAAGAGAAGGAUGCUUCUGCUUCGUAUUCACAUCGACUUGUUAGAUUAGAGGAGCCAAUAAUGCGGAUUCCGACCUUAGCAAUCCACUUGGAUAGAGGUGUAAAUGAUGGAUUUACGGUGAACACUCAGACUCAUCUUCUUCCGGUGUUAGCAACGUCUAUUAUGGCUGAGAUGAACAAACCAGCUGCUGAAAAUGGUCCUGAAGACGUAAGCGUCGUUGAUAAACCAAAGCAUCACUCACUUUUACUUCAGAUGCUGGCAACCCAAAUUGGUUGUGACCCCGAUGAAAUUUGCGAUUUUGAAUUGCAAGCAUGCGACACUCAACCUAGUGUGGUAGCUGGUGCUCUUAAGGAGUUUCUGUUUUCUGGAAGACUUGACAAUCUGUGCAUGUCAUUUUGCUCUCUAAAGGCGCUGAUAGAUGCCACUUCUUCUGAAAGCAGCCUAGACGAUGAGACUGGUGUUAGGAUGGUGGCAUUGUUUGAUCACGAAGAGAUUGGGUCUAAUUCAGCCCAGGGAGCUGGAUCUCCUGUCAUGUUCGACGCUUUGUCACGAAUCACGAGCUGCUUUGGCUCAGACUCCAAUCUGAUUCAGAAAGCAAUCCAGAGGAGUUUUCUUGUAUCUGCAGACAUGGCUCAUGCUCUUCAUCCAAAUUAUAUGGACAAACAUGAAGAAAACCAUCGGCCUAAGAUGCAUGGAGGACUUGUUAUUAAGCACAAUGCCAAUCAGCGCUAUGCAACCAAUGCUGUGACAUCCUUUGUUUUCCGGGAGAUAGCACAGAAGUACAACCUUCCUAUCCAGGAUUUUGUAGUGCGCAAUGACAUGCCUUGCGGGUCAACCAUAGGACCCAUUUUGGCGAGUGGUGUGGGGAUUCGCACUGUUGAUGUCGGUGCUCCGCAGUUAUCGAUGCACAGCAUCAGAGAGAUGUGCGCGGUCGAUGAUGUUAAGCAUUCGUAUGAGCAUUUCAAGGCCUAUUUCCAGGAGUUCACUUAUCUGGACGCUAAGAUUGCUGUCGACAUGUAACCAUCAGGGUCUGUGCUUUGUUGUUCGCUGUUCUCAACUCCUCCAACAGAUCAUGGGUAGUUUUCAGCACAUAUGCUGCUGCAAAUAACAGAUAUCUCGUCUUCUCUUGGACUAUUUGAAAAUCAUAAACGCGCUUUGGAUAUUGUGAGAUCAUGGUAUCUUGUGACUAUCGUCUCGAAAAAAUGAGAGGAGCUGGGAGGUUGUUGAUCA